AUGAGCUGUUUUGGCUCCAUUUUCAUCCAUUACCGCGGCAACUUGCGUAUUCGCUGCCUGAAUGAGCCUUUCCUUGAUUUAACAUUGAAUUUCAUGUUGAUAGAUACAGUGAAGAUGUUCAGCAUUUUAAAGUCUUACGUGACGGCAGUGGAAACCAGUAUUAAGAGUGAACGUGGUGAUGAAGCGACUGUGCAAUUAAAUGAUGGCCGUACAACGACGAUUAAUCGUGAAGACAUUCAAAAGAUGAAUCCACCCAAAUUCGACAAGGUGGAAGACAUGGCGGAUUUAACUUAUUUGAACGAAGCUUCGGUCUUGCAUAAUUUACGCGAUCGCUAUUUUUCCGGAUUAAUUUAUACAUAUUCCGGUUUAUUUUGUGUUGUGGUCAAUCCGUAUAAACGCUAUCCCAUUUAUACCGAUGAAGUCGUCGAAUUGUAUAAAAGUAAAAAACGACAUGAAGUGCCGCCACAUAUUUAUGCCAUUACCGAUCAAGCUUAUAGGUGUAUGCUUUUGGAACGCGAAGAUCAAUCCAUCCUAUGCACGGGUGAAUCUGGUGCUGGAAAAACUGAAAAUACCAAGAAAGUCAUUCAAUAUUUAGCUGCAGUCGCUGGUGCUGCAAAAGGUGGAGAAUUGGAAGCUCAAUUACUUGAAGCCAAUCCGAUCUUGGAAGCAUUUGGUAAUGCAAAGACCAUCAGGAAUGACAAUUCGUCACGAUUUGGAAAAUUUAUUCGGAUCAAUUUCGAUGCUGCUGGCUUUAUUGUUGGAGCUAAUAUUGAAACUUAUUUAUUGGAGAAAUCUCGAGCCAUUCGACAAGCACCGGAUGAAAGAAACUUUCAUAUAUUUUAUCAAAUGCUGCUAGGAGCUACACCUGAGAUGAAAGAUGAUCUUUUAUUGGAAAAAAUCGACAAGUACAACUAUAUGAGCAAUCAAUUAGUGGUUGUUCCUGGAGUUGACGAUGCUGAAGAGUUUCAAAACACUCUGAACGCAAUAGCCGUUAUGGGAAUUUCAAAUGAAGACACUAAUUCUAGCCUAAAGAUCCUAUCAUCGCUCCUCCAUAUGGGCAAUUUGAAAUUUGAUGAAGAUAAAAGUUCUGACCAAGCCACUCUUCCCGACAACACUGUCGCACAAAAGGUUUGCUUCUUACUUGGUGUAUCCGUAACGGACUUUACUCGUGCAUUGUUAAAGCCCAGAGUUAAAGUUGGACGAGACUAUGUUGUUAAAGCGCAAAAUAAAGAUCAGGCUUCCUUUGCUGUUCAAGCUUUAUCCAAAGCCCUAUACAAGCGCCUUUUUAAAUGGUUGGUGUCAAGGGUAAAUCGAACUUUAGAUCGUACAAAAAGGCAAGGGGCCUCCUUCAUCGGAAUACUAGAUAUUGCUGGUUUCGAAAUUUUCAAGCUUAAUUCCUUUGAGCAACUUUGCAUCAACUUCACAAAUGAAAAAUUACAACAAUUGUUUAACCAUACAAUGUUUAUCCUGGAACAGGAAGAAUAUCGUAAAGAAAAUAUUGACUGGAAAUUUAUUGACUUUGGACUGGAUCUACAACCAACGAUUGACCUCAUCGAAAAGCCUUUAGGUAUUUUGGCCUUAUUAGAUGAGGAUGGUGGCGAUUGUAUACCAAGGUAA